AUGUGGCGCUCACACGUGCGUACAUUUUCCACCCGCGUGUCUCACUCGCACCACAACAACCACUGCGAAAACCACAAAUUCCUCUCACCAAGCUCCUUUGUUGGAAGCUGGCGAGCUCCCAAGGACCCUAAAGAAGCCGAAGCAAUGCUGGCUCAGCUUCGGAGAGACUACGCGAAGCAGGUGAAAGAGGUUCGGAAGGAGUAUAUCAGAGAAAUGGAGGCUAUGGAGUUGGAGAAGCAACGGAAGGAUGAGGCUCGGAGGGAAUCGCUUAGAGUCGCUAACGAAGAGCGGAAGAAACUGAAGGCUCAGGCUGCUGAACUCAGAGCUCAAGAACGUAACAUUGCUCAACAACAAUUUCGAGAAACCCUAUUAAAAGAAAGAGCAGAGAAACUUGAAAAUUGGAGAAUGAAAGUCAAAAUGCAUGAAGAGAAGAAGAACGAGAAGAAAGAAUUGUUGCAUAAACGAAGUUCAUUGUGGGUUGAUGAAGCCGAACUAGAGAAGGAAAUAACAAAUGUUGUAGUCGCUACAAGAUAUCUUUGA